GACCCGAGACUGUUGUUCUCUCGGUCUCCGGAGGAAGUGGAAACUGUAAAAAUGUUAGAUAUUUUUUUUUUUUUUUUAACAACGACUAAACGACGCAACGUUUAGUUAAUUAUUGUUAUCCGUUCGAUGCGUUUGUACGUAUGCAGAGUUUGGCAUAGGUACUAGAGUAUUCCGUUUUUCAUAAUAUACAUAAUAUUGUUUUUAUCAGUUAUUUUAAUAUUUCGACAAUAUUAAUUGUAAUGGUUAAACGAUAUAUAUUUUUUUAUUUUAAGUACCUAUUCUUUGAUCCAGUGUCAGUGUAAAAAUAAUUAUUUUUAAACGUGUUUUUUUUUCUGUUACCGUUUACCCUCGUUUACUCAUAUCACCCUUAGUGUUGUACCCAUUGAAAAUUUAACAUUCCACCGGGCUUGAUGAAUGUUUAUUGGACUCGUGUGUACCAUGAAGGAUUAUCGGACAAUGAUGCCUGUCACCAGAGUUGCUGCAGUUCUCAUAUUCACAAUAUUGACUGAUAUUCAACCGGUUUGCUGUAAGUAAUCUGAUAGCUUUAUAUUUAUAUUUAUGUAUCAUUAUUUUACUCAAACUUACUUUUAUGUGGAUCUCUUUCCUUGAUCCUGUCAGAUAGAAAGACUAACCAAGUAGUUAUAAGUAUUAUUCAAUAAUAUUUAUUCGUGUAUCAAUUACUAACCGAUUGUAGGGUAGGUACUCUUUUGUAAACAUUCCCCUUAAAGAACAGUAAUCGCUAUAAGAAUAUCUGUCCAGGUAUGCAUUAAAAUAUCCGGUUGCUAAUUUAGUUACUGUGGAUUAGACCGUUGAACAAAAAAAAGAUUACCAAAAUAAAAGAUUAAACUUAACGGAUGAGAAUCGGUAUUAAUAGGUAUUGUUAAUAAUAUGCAAGUACAUUAUAUCAGUGAAUAUUUAUAUACUUAAUCAAAGAUAUUCAUUUUUUAAUUCAACAAGAGAUAAAGCAAAGGUUUGGUUCAUAAAAAAUAUAUAUAUAUAUUUGUAAUAUAAUUUUACAUUUUUUUUUCUUCUCUAAAUGGCAGUGUUACAGAAAAGUAAUGUGUAUGUCAAACAAAAUACAGACAGUAUUGUUUGGCAUCUGGCCAUUAAGAGCUUGAAGGGGGUUUUUUUUCCUAUCUGAGAUUUGAUUUCUAUUUGAAUAGUAUAUUAAUUAAAAAUGUAUGCACUCUAACGUUAUCUUAUAUAAUACUGUUGGUUAUUAUAUUUAUUAAUUAUGUACCUAUGUUUACCAUAUGGCUACUGUAGCACAAUAAAAUAUUAUAUUAGGUGUGAGACUUGUAGGUAAUUAAGACUUGUGUACCCUUAUACAAAUUAUUAAAAUUAAAUUAUAUGAUAUCUGACAUUAAAAAGAGUGAAAAUAGUUAAUAAUGUAAUCGAACAAAUUGUUAAAAUACAUUAUAUUUGAACAAAUGAUUUAUUAUUACUUAAUUUAUUUUUGUAAGUUAUGUAUUUACUCGGGUACUUAUGAUUAUCUAAUAUAUAUUUUUCACUCUAGUGAUACAGUGACUAAAAUAAAAACAUAAAAAUACACCACCUGGCAAAAAUAAAACACUAUUAUGUUACAAUACCCCUAUAAUAACACUGAACAGGUGAGUUUUUAAUGUUUUUUUUUUUAGGAAUAUUUGCAAAAAAAUUAAAUAAUUAUGUUUUUUUGGACGUUUGCUUAGAUAUUUUUCGUUGGUCAUUUAUACUUGAAAAGCUGUUUGCAAUAAUAUUCGAUUUAGUUAUAGUUUGUUUUUUUCUGCCAUCUGCUUGUGAUAAUAAAAAAAAAUAUUUUAUUUGCGCGACAUGUGGGUCCAGUCUAGCAGAUGCAUAAUAUCAUGUUAUUAGGUAUACAUUUGUUUAAUUUUAAUUUUUCCAUUAUUAUUACCUCCUACGCUGUUCAAUAUUUUGUUAUGGUUAUUAUUGUAUUAGGUACCUUACUUAUUAUUAUUAUCACCUAUUUUUUAUUUUUAUCACACGUUGUUCAGUACUAUUUCUAGUUUCUAAGUUUUAAAUAUUAUAGUUUUAUUGAAAAAAAAAAAUAACGCCAUGCUUACGAAAUUUAUUUGGUUUACCAUUCGUUUUGCUUAACUCUCCUUAUUCAGUGUGGUGGAGUAACUUUUUUUUAUACAAUAUAAAAACUCGAUAAUUAUGACUUUAGAAAAAUAAUAAUAACAUGUAGUCAAUUUAUUUGAAAUAGUUUGGUCAUAGAACACUGAAUACCUCCUUAAUUUAAUAUAUAUGCUAUCGAAGUUAAGCGUCUGUUAAUUUGUUCAUCAUGUACUUCCUUUAAACAUAUUAUUUUAAUCUUUUUUAGUAAGUAUUAAAUUAUAAGUAUUAAAAAUGAUACAUACCUACGAGCCUACCUAUUAUAUUUAUAUCUUUAAAUUCGGGUACGAUCGGAUUUCAAAGACCACAUAAUAAAGAAGCAAGCAACCCCUUUUAAUUUUUGUAUUGUAUUUUUUUAUAAUGUAAUACGACUACGUCAAGGACAACCUCUAUAAUAAUAUUAUUCAUCCCGCAUAACAAAAUAUCAAAAAGUAAAAUAAAAAUAUUAAUAAUAAAAUGCGAUACUUAGGUACAACUUAACACGCUCCAAUCAAAAUAUUCUUUUUUAGUUUUUGUGUUCGUUGAACCUUGCUUAGUUCUCUGUUUAUUAUUUUUUUUAAAUAAUACACUAAAUUUAUUAUUAUUAACAUGGUUUUGUAUAUUGAUCACGAAAAAAGUAAGUACUUGGUAGGAAUUUUCGUCAGUCGAUUUUGGUUAGAAUUGGUAUACCGGAAUAUGUGUCCAUGUGUUUCGUUCCAGUGUAAAACAAUAUAAUAAUAUAUUAUUAUUCAUAAUUUGAAUUAAAGUUGUGUGAACCGAAAUUGUAAGUGUUGUUUUUUUACAUUUUUUUUUUUUAUAUCCACGGAAAUGAUGGAAAAAAAUACCAACAACUGUUUCUGUCGUAUAAGUGUUCUCAUAGUUUAGUCUAACACAUAUGGGUGUAUAACAUUAUUUUAUAAUCGUUCUAUUUGAUUUUUUUCAAUCAAAGUUUAUUUCGAAAUAUAAUUGUAUUUUCGGUCCCACGUGAAAAUGUUAACUGCAGGAUGAAUCCGUCAUUAAAAUUUUUUUCCCUGCGACCCUCGUCUACUAUUUUUUUUUUUUUUUUUUUUUUUUUUUUUUUUUUAUAAACAUAUAUCUGACCGUAUUUGAAAUAUUGAAUAAUAUCGAUAUACAGCAUAUUUUGUUAUUUAUAAACAAAAUGUGGUAUGAGAUAAUUAUUAAAAAAUAAAUUUUAAUUUCUGAAUGACACAUGUCCCUAUUAUGGCUGCCGAUAUAGGUAGUAAAUUUUAUUUUGGCUAGCGGUCUUGGAAAAUAUAAAUAUUAGACCCUUGAGUAAUUAUCUGAGUUUGUGACUUUUUCCAUGUAUAAUUUUUAAUUUGUACCGAUCUGUAUACAGUAUACUAAAUAAAAUAAUAUUAUAUUAUCGAACAAUAAUGUAGGUACUCCAAAUCAAGAUACUCGUAAAUUGUGUGUCUUCGUACCAAUUAUUUUAUUUUCUUCUGUUUGACUUCGACCAUUAAGAUCACACUGCGAAGUAUAAAACCGGCCACCUAUCCCUUACAGAGAACCAUAGUCAUCAUGUUCUUCGCAACUUAAUUCCAUUGGGUUUCCGAUUUCACUGUCUUAAUUCCUUUUUAACAUACCCCUCCUACCCCCUUAAUCUUAUUCCUUAAAGGUCUAAAGAACCUAAGGGUUUCCAAAAGGGAUACUUAAUGGUCUUCUCGAUCACUUACUUAGUUACUUAAUUAAAGGCCCUUGUUUACGUUAACCACCAUUUUAUUCGAGUAUCCUAAUUUAUAAUAUAAUUCACAAUAUUUUAUAUUUAUUAUUGAUCAUUGAUUUAUGUAAUAUUGUUUACGUACAACUAAUUCAAAGACUGCAACCUAUCAAUAAAUUACUUGUUUCUAAUUUUUCAUACAUUCGCCCUCAAUACCCUAUAGAUUAACAAUGAAUAUCACUUUAUGACAUUUUACGAAUACUUUUCUAUACCUAAUUUAUAGUUGGCGUGUGGUUAAACUCAUAAUUGCUAUUUUUAAUAUUAGUACAGCUCUACGGUCUUCAAGACAUUUUCAUUCAUUUUGCUUUUUUAAGUGAAAUUUACAGGAUGUUGAUUUUUUUUUUUUAUUAGUCACAAAAACGAAAGCUUCAUAAUCCUAUUUCUGUACUUUAAAAUUAACUUCAACUAUAGAAUAUCUUAGAUUUCGAGCAGAACGAGAAUUGUAUUCGUUUUAUACCAGAUGCUCCACAUAGUAUCAGUAGGUACUUUGCUUACCUAGUACAUUUUUUUUUUUUGUCAAUUAAAAUUUUUAUUUUUAAUACUCAACAAUCUCUCUCUGCUAUUAAUAACAAUAAUAAUAUAUAUAGGUAAGUGAUAGACAAAAAACUAAUAGUAUUUCAAAUAAGUCCCAUAUAUCUGGGAUAUUUCUUAAAAUUAAAACAAUGGCGGCGAGAAGAAAUUCAAUAGACCGCUGACGUUUUAACGACGAAUUUAAUGUUCGUAAUAAUAAUAAAAAUAAAUAUUGCUUGAACCAUCGUUUUUGUGGUCUACGGGGUCUUCCAAAUUGUGUUUAAAGUUUGAAAGUAGGAGUAUGGACUAUACUUUUAAAACUAACAUGAAAUUCCCUGUAUAAUAUACACAAAACAACUGUGGCGGUCUAUCAAUAGCUGCCAAAAGUUCGUUUAAAAACAAAUAUAUAUGUAUUCAAUAUUUUAACAAUUGAACGUAAUGAUUUGUUUGUAGUUUUUUAAUGUAAAAAAGAAGUAAAUAAAAAAAAAUUGUUUUAUAACUAAGAUUAUUCGUAAAAUUAAACGUUAGUCAACGUUUAUUAGUUUAUACCUACUAUACCUACUUGUGCGGCGCAGGAAGUUUCAACAAAUAAAUACAGAAUUUAUUUAUUUAUAUAGGUAAACAAACAAAUAAUAACAAAUUAAUGUUUUAAUUUCUCAAUAAUUAUUGUUCUUAUUGUAUGCGUUAGAUAUUUAAACUUCCUGCCUAAUCUAACUGACUACACGCGGAGUUAUUAAAAAGUGUUUUCGGCAGGAUAUAAUAUUUAAAUAUACGCGUAUCCUUUAUUUAUUAAUAUCGUAUUAUAUGUACGAUAAUAAUUAUUGUUGUUUGAAUUGAUUUUAAAGUUAGCAUGUGUUUACCAAUUAUUUAUUACCACCUAUCUUUAUAAUGCGGUUAUCAAAUGUUAUUAUGUACGGCUUAGCUUAAAUACAUAAAAUACAUAGAGUUACGUGGGUAAAUAGCGUAAUGCAUAUUGUUGUUGAUAUAUUAUUUAUCUAUUUUAUUAAAACACACUGUUGUAAAAAAUAAGAAAUGUCGAUUCUGCUGAUGGGUGUGUUAUUGUUUUAGCAGAGAAUUUGGAAGGGAGUAAUAAAGUAAUCUAAUUUGUAUUAUCAGUACGUAACGAUAAACCAUUGUUAAUGAAAAAUCGUGAAAAACAAUUCUGACCUCAGUUUGUCGAGCUCCCAUCAGAAUCAUUUUCUAAGUUUUAUUGAUUGCAAAAAUUUAUCGUUGUUUUAAGUAAAAUAUAAACUAAAUUACUUUUAAAUACUUUACUUUACUUUUAAGUCUAUAGACUUCCUUUACAAUAGUUCCCAACAGUAGCCCUUCUGUGGUGCGAAAUAUGUUCGAUUAAAAAAAAAAAAAAUGUAUAUCUCAUUAAUAUUGACCAUUUAUAAUAUGACCUUAAACAUAGCCAAACUGCAGUUCUCUAAUCUAGAGUAGAUUAUAUAUUGUGGUAUAGAUUUUUAUUAAUCUCGGUACACAUAAUAAUUAUACGACGUUAUAAUUUACAAUUAUUAAAACCGUUUAACCGUUCAGAUAGCCCUAUGUUUAAAUAAUAUUUAAAAACCAAUUCUAAUUAUUGGUAUUUUAUAUGAUUCUCGGCGCCGUUUUAAAUAUGUCGGCUAUUUAUUUGUUAUAAUUAGAAGCCCCUGAAAUAUUACAUGAUUCUACUUCCUGUUUUGUUUCUCGGUUGUUAUUACUAUUAUUUUUGUUUGUUUGACCUGUCAUAUAAUAAUAUAAUUAUAAUGACACAUUUUGAAUAAUAAUUGUUUAUGUAUUAUACUCUCGCGGUUUUAGCCUACAUUCAACGAUGUGUGUAUUUACAUUUUACUAUCACUGUCUAUAAACACUAAACGUAACAUAAUAUAUUAUUUGAAUGAAAAUAAUGUAAAAUUAUGAAACCAGAGCAAUAAAAGUUAUAAGAGUUGAUAAUGACAAAAUAUGUCUUGAAUUUCAUUUGUGUAGGGUUUUUAACGCCGCAAGUACACUAUAGAAACAUCUUCGAGUGUCGACAUUUGUCGAGAAAUGGUCUUAUUUUAUCUCUACGGAACACUAUAGAACCGUCACAUUAUACUGUGCAUAACUCGUGUGAAAUCGCAGAUUUUACUUUUGUUUGAUGGAAGCGCAAUACGGUUUUUAUUUUUGUGCAUUUGCUGAGUUCUCUAAAUUUAUGUUCACAAAUGAAACUUAAAAAAAAAAUGCCUCAAAAUUAUAAAAAUAUUUUCUAACUCACGUUGACGCAGUCGUUUAAAUCGAAUUCGUCGUCUCGUGCAAUUUCUUAUAUAAUAUGGUAAAUCAAAAAAAAAAAACAAAUACGCAAUUUCUAUAACUUCGCUGUCUUAAAUUAUAUUGUACCUACGCACUACAACUCUAAAUCUGCACGUUAAACACUAUUUAGCAUAACAGCAUAACGAUAUCAUGUGGAAAUAUUUUAUUAUUAUUUCAAUGAUUAUUAUUACUGCACACACACGUGCCGUAAAGACUUGCAAACAGAAAGGUGUGCUGUUCACGAAUAUUGCAUUUUGUCAAAGCCCCGUGUAGUCUUGCACUAAAGGAAUAUUAUACAUGUUGCCAUAUGGGUUUAAACUAUAAAUAACGGGUGUCCGAUAUUUUCUACAGUGCAGUACUACACUGUAGUAUGUAUACACCGUCGUCGUCGUCGUCGUUAACAUUAUGCGUGGGCCACCCCGUGCUGCUACGGUCUCAAAAUUAAUCUCGUCCGUUGACUUUUUUCUUUGACGCUAGUCCUACUCCAUACAUGUAUUAUAGAAAUAAUAAUUGGACUUUUUUUUUUUUUUCGAUAAAAACGUGAAUCGUUGCCAGAACUCCGCGAACAAAAAUUUCGUUGCUAAUUUAAACAUCAACAUCGACAGCGAAGUUUUUACAACAAUGUUUCCUGGUAUUUUUUUACAAACAUUUAUGUUGUUGUUUUUAUUUUAUUUUUUUAAUAUUUAACACGUCCCUAUAUACAAUGCACAGCUAGUUCGUUUACUUUUAUUUAAUAAUACGACGUGUGUUGUAUAAUUAUUUACCAUAAUAUUAUUACAAUACUUAUAGUAUAGCCGAUUUAUGCUUACAGAGUGAUCAUUCGUUUUCAUCAAGAACCACGACGAUUAUCUAUUAUUAGGUACAUAUAUUUUAUUUUUAGUUUUUUUUUUAACCAUAAAUGUUUCUAUGUAUUAUAGCAGCCACUGUUGUAAGUGGGAAGUUGGGAAAGUAGGAUACAGAAGGGAAUUUAAUGUAUAUCUGUAAGCAACGAUAAACAAGUUAACAAGCUAACGAAAAAACGAUUUUGAGCGAAGUGAUGCUUUGUCAACAAGAUAUCUGUCAUAUUAUGGUAAAAUAAUUAAAUAGGCAUUAUAUAUUUUCUCUAAUAAUAUUUGUUUAAUAUUAUACCGAUUUUCUCAUUUUCCUAUUUUUUUUUCCUAUUUGCCCAUUUUUUUUCACGGUUAUUCACAUUUGCUGCAAAACUCUUGGGAAAAUCAAAAAAUUACUUUCCUAAUGUACCUUUCCAGUUUUAACUUCCUUUCAGAAAAAGUGCUAUCAUUGUAAAUCGGAAUAAAAUCGUUGGUAGAAAUGUUGUCCACAGAAACAAAAUCGUAAUAAUUUACUAAUAUAUUUCGUAUAUUUUCCCGUUUUUCCUCCGGUUUUUUUUUUUGUUUUUCACAUUUGUUGAGAAAACUGAGAAAAUCGAAAAAUGACCUCCCUAGAGUACCACCCUAAGAAAAUUUCCUUUCUGAUAGAAAAAGUGUUCACAUAAAAAAAAAAAAAAUAUCUUUGUAAAACCGAUACAUUUUUCGCUAUACUUAGAAUCUAAAAGAAAAAUAAUACAUGAUACAUGGUUAAGAUUUACAGAGAUAACAUCUAUAGUCAUAAGGUAAUGUUCAAUUCUUGAAUCCUUUUCAAUGCAUUGUUAUUUGCCGUACGAAUUCUUUCAAUGUUCCGAUUGAUCUUUCUUUUCGGUCAAUUUACCAGAAUAUGGUGUAUUGAUUGGUUGUCGUUGAACGCAAAGCUGUCCUUAAGGUCCCAUUUGUACAUCAUGUAAUCAUAACGGCCGUACCCAGUUCGAAUUCUAUUAAGUACGAACUUUACAUCUCGUGGUAAAUCCAUACCUUCUACACCUUUAUUUGAGUCAGGCACUAGACAACUGUUCAUUGUAUCUGUUGAUCUCCAGUUUUUACGCCAUAUUUUCGUACCCUCAAAGCUUGAUAGUACCAGCUCAUUAGCUGUUUAGUGGCCUUUACAUUUUUUCGAGUUUUUUUCAUAAUAAUGAUUUAUUUUUGCGUUUUUAUAUAUAGUUUAUAUAAACUAUAAAUUGUCUACUUUCUAUUAUAAUCUAUAACUCUUCAAAAAAAACUUUCCAUAUAUAACAUAGUGAUCUACCCAUGUUUUUUGUUUCACAAAUGUUUAAUUACAAAAAGAGUUUACUGUUCGCAGUUUAUAAUCAAAACAAAAUAUAAUAUUAAAUGAGUGUCGAUUGUUUAGUCUCGUUGAUUCCGUCGUUGCCGUUUAAAAUGUUCCAGGUCAUUACUAUUAAUCACUAUUUUAUCCUGCCCAAAAUCAUACGUCAUAUUGCUUGUCUACGAUUUUUACGUUUUGUACACUAAUUUACUAACUGUUAUUGAUGUAAUAAUCGACCAAAGCGAAUAUAAUAAUCCAAAUUGGAAUUUCGUAGUAUCGAAACGUCCUUUCCACGGAAUAUCUGUAAAAAAAUUUAUUUUACUGCCAGUGUUUCUGCAGCAGUUUAUCGUCGAGAAUGUGAACGCGUCGCACAAAAAAAAAUAUAGCCAUAUAUAUGUCACUUGUAGAAAAUUUGCAAGUUUUUGUACACUAAAUACUUGUAUUAUCAACUAUUGCACGGGUCCAACGGGUUAAUUGCAACAGUAUUCAAACUAAAUUGACCGCUAUUAUAUACAAUUUAAUAGAUAUACUGUUGUGUUCUUAGUUUUUUUUUCCUUUAGCGUUUGUUCGUAAUUGCUGUAAGAAUAAUAUUUUACAGGUACCAUACCAACCGUUUUUAUCUUUAGAAAUAAUCUCGAAAGUAAAAAUAUUAAUAAAAACUCCAGUUGUUUCUCUAUACACAAGUAUAAUAUCUCUAUUAAUAAUAUUACGGGUUCAACUUUUUGGCGCACAAUAAUAAUAGUAUAGUAUAUUAAUUCAGUGUACACCAGUUUACCUACCAUUUAAAUAUUAAACGCGUUUCGUUAGACAGUUUAAUAUUUAUACGGUACCAUAUUGUGUAGUAUAUUGUACCAUAAUUAUUGUAUACAUCUUAUCAUAUACAAUAAUUAUUAUUAUUUAGAAUUCUCGGUUUGCGUAGAUAAUAUUAUAGUCGAGGCUAUGACAAAAUAAAGAUGUAUUUCAUGUAGCCGUGAUCAUAUUAUAUUAAUGUAUCGUUUGCGUAAUAUAUAGUAUCAUUAUUAAUUAAUCAAUUUAUAAAUUAUUAUAAUUAUUAAUUUAAAUAAUGUGUCGUGACUCGUAAUGGUGACCAUGUAAGUAAACUUAAUAUCGGUUUUUAUUUAGAGUGGAAUGUUCGUCGACGGUAAAUGAAAUAGAUAGCAUUAUAACAUGAUUCUAAAGUUCUGCUGUAUAUAGUUUUGAAAAUGUGAUUAAAAAAAAAUAAAUAAAUAAUACGGAAUACUUCGCACGACGCGGCGGGCCGCUGUUGUAGGUGAGAAGUUGAGAGUGUAGGAUGGAUACAGAGGAGAAUUUAAUUUAUACCUGUGUAAUUUAUAUUAUGGCAUCGAAUGUCUAUAGGUACUCAUUUUGAAGUAUCUUGAUUAUCUCUAAAUAUAUGUAGUAUGAUAGAAAAGUUCUGAGUGUAGCGAUGAAUGUAUUGGUUUUACAGGUGUUAAUUAAUUAAUUUAUUUAUUUUUUCUAUUCUGGGACAAACAUUUUUACAAGAAAUCUUGCUCUGAUAUGUACGUGUGGCACCAUUUCUGAAAGGAAGUAUUGUCUACAUGGUAUUUUAAAGUGGUCAUUUUUUGAUUUUCGAAGCAGUUUUUAUACUAUUUGGGAAUAACCGGGUUAAAACGUAAAAAGAAAAACGGACAAUUUACGAAAAUAAUACUUUUAUUAUUUUGAAUUUUGUUAUUUGCUGUAAUUCAGUUAAAAAUAAUUGUAGAGUCAUGAAAUUUGAAAACUUAUAUUUGCCUUUUAGAGACUUGAUCAAUUUUUCAAAAAUGUUUAAUCAUUUUUUAGUUAUUUAUAGACAUAUUAAUUUUGCGAGUUUUGUAUACGUAAUUUGUAUUCGCUAGGUAGGUACUCUAUAGUAAAAUUGUAAGACUAAACAGAAAUGCUUGACAAUUGAACAGGAAGUUCAUUAUAAGUCGUACUUUGUGGUAAAAAUAAAAAAAUUUAGUUUAAUAAUGUACCUAGUAUAUUUUUGUUUAUAAAAAUUUUAAUAUGAAAUUUAACGAAAUUGUUUUAGUAAAAAAUGAUGUGGAACAGAUCUAGUUACUGGUCCAUACAAAUUAUUUCAAUAUAUAUUUAUUUUACUAUAAUAUUGCAUAUAUAUUGUUGAAAAAGCAAUACUAUUAACCGAGCUCCACUCAGAAUUGUUUUUCGUUAGUAAUGAUUUAUCUUUGCUUACAGGUAUACAUUAAAUUCCUCGCUAUAUCCUACCUUCCUAACUUUUCAUCUGUAACAGUGGUCCUCCCAUCGUAUGAAGUAUGUCAGUCUUUUAUUUUUUCGUACUGUAAAAUAAAGGUAAAAUUUAUACCGGGUUUUAUUGCUGUAAAUGGUUAUGUUGUUAGGUAUUGAUACUACGACGUUCUGUUGACAACUUGGUUUCAAAAUACGACGGACACCUAUAUAAUAUAACGUUGUAUGCAAUUUACAUGUUUAUAAUCUAAUUUGUUUAAUUUAGAUUCGUGUGUACUGCAAACACUUUGUGGUGUCGUUGACAUUUUGGAUCAUUGAUAUUAUUAUGGUGCAACUCUUAUAGUAACGUCUUCAUAAUAUCCGUUGUCGUUUCCGCUUUACAAAUCUGCUACUAUAUACCGCACGGUAUACGAUAGGUAAACUAAACGUAGGUAUAUUACUAUUGAUUAUUCAGAACGGAAACAAGUAACGAAUAAUAAUCAUUAUUUUCUAUACACGAGACGACUAUAAUGUUAUAGGUGGUAUUGAUAACUACCUAUAAUAUAGAAUAUUUUUAUAUUAUUAAAAACACGCGCGAAGCCAAAUAUGUAUGUAUAUUUUUUUUAAUAAAUCGCAUCAUAUAAUUAGGAAUAACAUUGAAUGAAAAUGAGUGCAAAAUUUUUCACAUAACUGUUCACUGUAUUUGCAUAUGAAAUACAAAUAGUAUGCUUUGAACUAUAAUACUGAAUGAAUGCGUAAUCUACGUUACUGAUAAAAUAUUUAUAUCAGUACCAUUAUAUCUAAAUAUGUAUACUAUUCAUCAGCAUUUUUUUUCGUAACAUAUUAAUUAUAUAUUUUACACGUACACUAUGUUUGAUUACUUUAAUUAGAACGCGUAUUUUUUUUAAAAGUGCCUGGACGAAAUUAAAAAACAUAUUUGAUGUAUAUUAGUAUAAAUAGCAAAUUCAUUUUAUUCUGGCGAUUAGUUAAAAUCGAAUUUUAAAAAACUUACAAAAUCGACGUGAUAUUCCUUUAGAACGGGUAUAAUACUACAUCUUUAUUUCCGGUCUCUAUAACAAAAAAAAAAAGUGAUUAUAAUUUUUUUUUUAUGUUGUAUUGUUCUCACUCAGUUUGUAUGUUAUUAUAAUAGUGGUGUGUGUUUGUAUAAGAACAGAAAAAUUUUUUUUUUCGUUUGAAUCGGUCUUUGUUACUAUAAAAUACGUAGGUAGGUACGAAAUGUUACCUUUCCCGAUGACGACAUAAGUAUUAUAUAAUUUGUGUUCGGAAGUACAGUUCUGUAAUAAUUUAUUCGUCGGAGGCAGUAUAAACAAUAUUAUAUCAAAUAUAAAUAUAAUUUUGAUUCUGAGUGUUGGGGAGAAGCUGUUGGUUUUACUAAAAUUCUCAGCAGUUAUUCUCUAAAUCUUGGAAACUUUUUAUUUUUAGAUUCUGAGCUAAACUAGGUAUGUAUCGGUUAUACUAAAUAUGAUGUGUGAUUUUUCUUUGUGUAUGUAAACAACUUUUCUAAUCGUAUUCCAGUCAAUCACUGUCUUGUAGCAUUUAUCCAUUUAGUUGGUACAUUGAGGAAUCGUUUUUAAAAAAUAUUUUAACAAAAAAGAUAGUAAAUGUUUUAUUGUAUCUCACUUUACAAAACGAUUUUAUUUUACUAGGUAAGAAGAUUUGCUUUACAAUAAAAAAAAAAAUUUCAUUAGACCGUAUUACCUUCUAAUAAGUAGCUAAUAAUGUUACGAUGUCGGUUAUAGUUAAACGCAGUUCACCUUUCUUGCAAAUACUCAAUCAAUUUCUUUGUUUCGUUAAAAGUUAAACAAUAACAAUGAAUCUUUUUUCAGCUAGAUAUGUUGUCGGGAAGGAAAAAAGUAACAACUUAUGUUUUUACCAUAGUUGUGACUGACACAAUUUUUGGUGAUAGAUCUUUAUGAAGAUCAAACUUUCAAUUAAUAAGAAAAUUAUCUCUCUGGCCUUGAUUAAAGUACAUUGUAUUUCCUUGAAGCUUUAAGUUUACUCUAUUCAUUUUUACAAAAAUAUCUAUAAAGUACCUAAUUUUUUCCCAUCAUUCCGAAUUUGAAACUUUUCCGCCUUUUUUAAUGUCCCCUUUAAAUAUACUGCUCCCUUUCCCCCGAAGUGGUCAAAAUGACCCCAGAGGGAUGGUACAGCUCCCAUUAGGAAUCACUUUUCUAAAUUAUUCACAUCGUGCCUACAACGUACCGUCAAGCUAACGCAAACUUUUCAACCGGUAGUACUUUAUUUAAAAAUCGUUCCUAGAUUCUUGACAGUUUUUCGAAAAUAGUUUUCUAAGGAACGACAAAUUAUUCAUUGUUGUAUUUUUGUUGAUUUCUUGGUUACUUUAGUUACGAGGGGAAAAAUAACAACUAAUCUAAUAUAAUAACUUUACAUGUAUCAGUUAACCAAGCUCCGUUUUUAAUCGCUACGGUUUAUCGUUACUUUUAGUGUAAGCACUAAAUUAUCACGAUCUUAUAUACCUACUAAAUUUUCCACCCGCAAUAGCGGCUUACCUACGGUUUAUGUAUGGGUUUUUUGGUAUUAAAUAUUAUAUUCAUAAUUAUUUAAAUCUUGUUUUUUUUUACCUAUACAAUCUUAAAUUUUAGUAGUGUAGUACACAAUAAAAAUAAUGGUAAUAUACUCUUUCGGUUUACGAUUUUAUCGUCGAUACUGCGACGUAAAAACACGACGACGAAGAUCACUCUAUUUAUAAAUAAUUCAUUUUAGUCCAUUUUCUCCCAACUCUACUACGGGCACUAUAGUAUUAGUUCACAUUUUCACAACAUAACACUAUACUAAAACUUAAAUCUUUUUCGGACGUUACGAAUAUAUUUAUGUGCCUAUAUUAUAAUUAAAUGUAGAAAGAGCACAUAUUCAAAUUUUAAAAUUGUCCACGAAUGACAAAAAAAUCCUUAAGCACCUAGAGUUUCAUAAUAUUACAUAAAAUGACGUAGAAAUCUAUAGAUGAUAUUAUUAUCGAACAUUUUACAACUUUAAUAUUCAGAUUUACAUUAGUUAUUAGCAUAAAAAAUUUGUGUUUAAAUUGUUUUCAGAAAUAUUAAAUAUUUUUGUCUUUAUUGAAAAAUAAAAUACAAUCUGAAUAAUACAACCCCAUUGUUUACAUACAUACUGUUGAGCACUGUUAAACGUAUUCAAUAUUAUUGUUAUGUGCAAUUUAGUGUCUCAAAUUAUUAUUUUAUCUGAAAAAAAUAUGAUGUUUUUAACCGAAUUCGUUGUUUUUCACUUCGCUAUUUAUUCGCUAUACACUUCGUUCACGUGUCGAAUUAUUUCAAUAUUUAGUGUCAACUAUUCCGACCGGAUAUCCUCUAAAAUCGUCGACAUACGUGUUCAACGUUCAGUAUGAUAUUUUACGACAUUUGUUUUAAAUUAUAUAUACGUAAAUAUAAUGAGUUAUGGCUCUCGUCGUCGAUGAUAAUAAUCGGUGUAAUUAUUUUUAACUGGGCUUGUUCGUGAACUCGUAUUAACGCGGUCUACGCGGUAUCAUAAUAUUUUUUCGGAAAGUAUGAUAAUAUUAUUAUUUUCAGCCGCUCUAUCUUUAAGCAAUUAAAAAUUGAGAUAAACAAAUAAUGAUAAUAAUAAUGAUAUUAGCAUAUAAAAUGUUGAAGUUCAUUGUAAGAAAAUAGCCUAACGAUAUUAUUAUCAUUGUUAUUAACUUUUACAAUAUAUUUACGUAAUUCAUGAGUUUGAUUCGAAUAGAUCAUUUUCAGACACUGCGAUGUAAUAUUUUAUUUUGGGGAGAAACAUUAUUAUUAUAUUCACAUCAUAAGGGACGUUUGAGUAUAAAAAAUACAUUAUUUAUUAUUUAAUCGUAUAAUUUAUCGUUAUUCUAUUCAGCUAUAGCAAUAUAAUGUGUACGAAAUUAAUAAAAUUGGUAUUACUCGUACUACCAUUGUUUAAUAAUGUUUUUUUCGUGAACGAGAGAUAUUCGAUAGGUAUAGUAUAGUAUAUUCGAUAGUAUACACUGACACGUAUUUGCGUAAUUAUUUUGUAAUGAAAAACAUAAUAGUAGGUAGUAAUAUCACCAUGGUGUAUCUACAUAAUAUUGUUACUUUCGAGGGGAAAACUUUAAAAUUUGAUUUUCGUAACAAAACAACAAAAAUGGCCGUUUUGCAUAUUAUACCCAUACAUCGAAACCAACAUAGAAGCAUAUUAUGUGAGAGAGAAAAAUGAAAAUGUGCGGUUUUUUCAUGGCAAAAAUAUUGUCGUGAUUUUUUUUUUCGUUAUAAUCAUGACAAAACCGUGUUAACGUACUAGAAAUUAGUGGCAUACACAAAAGGUUAUAAACUCCUUGAAUUGUCUUCGACAUUUUUUUCAAUAUUCACAAGUUUGAGAUAUUCGUUAAGUCACAGUUUAGUCGAUUUUUUCUCAAAAAUAAAAACUGUAUUGUAUUUUACAUAGGUAUAAUAUAUUAUAAUAUUUUUCUAUUUUUGCGAAUGAGCUCAAAUUCAGGUAAUAUUAUAGUUGUUUCAUAGCCGAAUUUAAAUGAUAAAAAUUGAGUUGAGUUUCAAUAUUAAUUUAACCGCGUUGUUGCGGUAGGUAUGUGUUAUUAGCUUUAAACACCCCUAGAGACCCCCUAAUAUAACCAGGUGGAUGACAUUUUAUAAAUGCACAACUUAAGUACCAAUUAUGUGCCUUUUGGGUAUUUCAACUCUCAAACUACAAUUUCUACUCAAAAUUCACCAUUUUUUUUGGAAGUUAUAUAGUUGUAGUUAUAUACUACAGUAUAAUAUUGUACUAUACUAUAUUAUGUAUAUAUUAAGUACUAAAGAAUUAUAGUAUUCGGUUAUUUAUAAUUGUUUUUCGAAGAAUAUGUCUAUGAUACAAAAUUGGUGGGAGGAAAUUCGACUUUAAUGACAAACUCUGUAACAGCUUACGACUAUUUUUAUUUUUCUAAUGCAAUUUAAUUAUUAUAAUAUUAAAAAAUGAAAAGUCCUAGUGGGUCAUAAAAAUAAUCAAGUCAGAGUACUUUAAAUGAAAAUCCCAUUCUUGCAUAUAAUUUCCUGGUUAGGUCACUAGUUUUCAACCUUAAAAAACCUAGUAUAGACUUUUGUCAAAAUUAAUAUGAAUCGUACUAUUUGUUCACGAUAACAUUAAUCGCUCACAAUAAUUAUUUUCAACUAAUUCAAGGAGUACGUUUAUAGAUAGUCUUCGGUAAAAUCGCAAGUGCUGUUAGUAUCAUGAUAAUUCAUGAUUUUAUCAUACUUUCUGGUUUAUUUUUCUUAUGUCUAUGAGCGAAUGUCCGAUUACAAAUAUAAUACGAAAUGAGACUGUUUCGUCUUUUUAACCGUCUGUUUUAUAUUUUUCCAGGUGAUGGCUUAACCGACAAAAUUGAUAAACAGUUCAACUCCCACGCGUUUAUUGAACCUAAAUUAAUACACGCAAAACACAAAAGAGAAAUUGAAUCAACUAAAAUAAAUCCGGUAAGUACCUACUUAUAAUAUACAACUGGGAAAAUUGUGUAAAUUGUCUUAAUAUGUGCCAUUGUGCAAUGAGACUGGAAAAUAUUAACUGUUCUUUUUCUCGGUAAGAUUUACGCCAUUCAAAUUAGUCUUCAGUUAGGGUUUUUUUUCUGGGGUUUUUGUAGUUUUUAUUUACUUUAUUCUAUAUUGAUCCUAUAUAUUCGAUGAUAGACAUUUUUUCAUACAUUCAUACAUAAAUUUUUCAUAUUUUUAUAGGUAUGUAAUUAUAUAAUAUAUAUAUUGUUGACAAAGCAACACUACUAACCGAACUCCGCUCAGAAUCGUUUUUCGUUAGUAAUAUAGUUAAUCGUUGCGUACAAAUGUUCAUCAAAUUUCCUUUCUACCUUAUCAACUUCUCACAUAAAACAGUGGUCCAUCCAUCGUGCGAAGUAUAACCGUCUUUUUUUUAAUGCAUUUAAUUUUUUAUAUGGUUAUUUUUAUAGUACUUAGAAGCGCAUAGAUAAAAAUUUUUAAUUUUUUUUAGAGUAUAUUAAACAUCAUAUGCAUACAAAUAUUAUCUCUUGUUAUGUGAUGAUGUAAAAAUACAUAAUUGUUGUCGAAAUGUAUGUUAUAAAAUAUAAAUAAACCUAUCUAUAUCUUUUUACACAAAAAAAUCCGUCAAUAAAAACUAAGUUAUAAUUUUUAACAUUCUAUUUUCCUAGUAAAGUUAAAAAUUAUAAUACAAGUAACUUUUAACUUUUUAACUACAUAGCUAUUACCGAACUUUGUCGAUUAUUUUAAUAUUAUUAUAAUUUUUACCGAAAUAAUUAAUCCGUUUACUUCGCGAAUCAUUAAAAAUCCAGUAGAAUAAAUUUAUAUCAGUAUAGAGCAUUGGAAAUAAAAAAAAUAAAAUACGCACCAUUGAACUAGGUUGCCGCUCGGUUUUUUAUAAUCAGAAUGAAGGUCAAUCGCGCGUCAUAUUCACAUGCAUAAACCGAAACUGAUGAUUAUUAUUCCAACAGCAUACACAAUUUUUUUUUCGUAUUUGUAGUAUUACAAUAUUAUAAUGGAUACUGCAGUGUACUGUUGGCAUGUUAUGUAAAUUGUAAAAUUAUAAAAUUACGAUAUUUGCUGUAUAUUAUUCUCGUUAUUAAUUUCGUAAGAUUGCUAUAUUAUGUUCCGUUGUUUUUAAAUGAUUCUAGAACAACGGCGCUACUAUACGAACACUUUCGUUUUCCUUUAUACAUUUAAUUUAUGUUUUUCUCCACAAUUUGUAAUAAUUCUUUUUUAAACUUUCUAUUUUAAUACCGCGCCCCGAAGAAGUAUAGAAUUAUACUAUAUUGAUUAUUGGAAAAAAAAUACGAUUUUAGGGGCCAAUAUCCUUAAAUCAAUCGAAAGUUAGACGUAAUCAAUUGAAAACACGUCGCGACUUUCGUUUGGUUUUUAUUAUUUUUAUCGGACACGCUUUUCGAUCGAUUCGAGAAUAAUAUAGCAGUAUUUGUAUCUCUUCAAUAACGACGUUUUGUUGUACAUAUUUAAAGUUUUUAAGUUGCACAUAAUAUAUAAUACAUGUAUAAUACCCGUUUGGAUUUUGCUAAAAUAUUUGAAAUGCAUGUUAUCGAUACGGAUAUUGUCCCCUCAGCGCUAUCGAAUAUUAUUGUUCAUUUGAAAAAUUAGGUCGCACACACUGUUCGAUAAAAUUGCUAUAAAAACAAAUGGCUGAUAUUACAUAUACAGCACGUUUUUAAUGCUGUAGCCUAAAACUUGGCGAUUUCGCUCAAUUAAAAUUAUUAAAUAAACCAGGACGGUGUGUGUGUGUAUGUAUGUAUAUGUACAAAAAUUGUUUAUAUUCUCCUCAAUAAAUUGUUAACAAUAUUCUAAAUACGCUUCGUGGUUCAAGGUCUUUGUACUAUUACUACAAGGGCGCUUUAAAAAAAUAUUAUCGACUUCGAUUAAUAAAUUUGAAUUAAGUUUGUGUUAGAUAAUAUUAUCGACUGUGUAGACUGUAGAGUAUACAAAUAUUAUAACGCUUGUUUCCGUUUAGGCAAAAUUUAUAAAAUUUGAAAAUAAUUUCCAUAAUUUCAAUAACCGCCUUAAAGAUAAGACGUUUCCACUUAUUGACUGCCCGAUAACCGUUAAGGAGGAGGGGGUUUAGCCGUUUUUAGGGACGAAAAUAAUUUCACGGUAUUACGGGUUCAUUAUCAACGUAAUAUUUUUCUACCAAUUUUAGAUUUUGAAUGGAACGAGGAAUAUAUUGGUUUUACAAUGAUAUUUCUAUGUAUUUAUUUAUUUUCUUUUAUCUGUAAACGACUUUCCUACCAGAAAUUUUGCUUUAAUUUUCAAGUGUAUCACUUUUUCCGUAAGGAAAUCUAACUGGGGUAGUACUUUAGGGAGAUAAUUUUUUUGAUUUUCCCAUCUGUUCAUGUAAUAAAUGGGAAAAAAUUUAGGAAAAACAGGAAAAUAUAGGUACAAUAUUAAACAAAUAUUACUAAAUAAAAUUUGAUUUUCCCGUGUGAGUUUUCAUUACUAAAUGAGAAAAACGUAAGAAAAACAGGAAAAUGUACGAAAUGUAUUAUUUUAAAAUCGUAUAUAUUGAGGCCUAUCAAAUCAUGUGUAACCAAACUCCGCUCAGAAUCGUUUUUCGAUAGCUAAGCUUAAUCUUUGUGUACAGGUAUACAUUAAAUUCCGAUUUUUUAUUUGGUUUCAAAUAACGGUAUAAAAAAAUCGUUAAUAAAUAGUUAGAAAUUGAUAUUUUUUAAAGACGUGUGUUUGAAAUUCAGUGUGUACGAAGUCUUUCUCGUUUUGCCAAAAAAAUCGGAUCACUCUACGAGGCAUGAGUCAAAAACCGCGUUGGAACUUGGACCCUUAACAUUAUAACGUACUCGCAGAUAAAUUAGACGGAAGAAAUAACUUCCUUUGUUAACAUAAUCAUCUUGUUUAAGAGAAAGAAAAAAUAGGUAAUAUUUUUCGUAUUCCCCGUCUCAAUUUCGCCGUAAUAGUGCAUGCCGUAUCCGAUAAGAAAACAAUUUGUGGAAUUUAAAAAUAUACAUUACUGCUGUAGUAUAAUACUCAUCGCACUCGUCAAAUUUUUUUUUGUAUUUUCGGCCAAUCUGUAAGGUAAAGUAUUUUUAUUUUUUAUAUUUUACCUAUUUUUUCUUCUGUAAUAACCGUCGUCAUCGUCAUACGUGAAUAAUGAUAAUGAUAAUAAUUGCAUUAUUAUACUCGUAUUAUUAUUUUAUAUACGUAUUUCGAUACCGUGACUCAUUUUUUAUUAUAUACAAUUGCGGAUAUUUUUGUGCAUGCGCGCCUCUUUGUUUUACUCUCUGUAUGCUCAUCAAGGAUUGUACAUUUAAUUACGGGGGCUUUUUUUUUUUUACGUUCUAAUAAAAUACGUAUACGAAACAAUGAUAAUUUACCCGAAAAAUUUUGAAAUUCUGUCUCUGUCUUCCUAACGGGCAAUAUUGUGCGGCGAAAACGUGUUCAUGUACAAUGAACAAAAAGGCCUUUGAACUCUUGUUUCAACUUUUAAAAAAACAAAAUACGCCUGUCAUCAUAAUAUAUUUAUAGACAGCAUUUUAUAAUUUUAUAAAUAUUAUAUAAUAUGUAGGGACAAAAAUCGUAUUUUAUCCAUAUUUUUAGAUUCCGAGCUGAACGAGGGAUCUAUUGGUUUUACUAUGAUGAAUGUGUGUGUGUAUUUUUUUCUGUCGGUAAACAACUUUUCGAAAAGAAAACUUACUCCAAUCAAAAUAAUUCCAAGAGACAUUUUUGGUUGCAUUUCGGAUCCAAAUUUCAGAGUAAGUAAAUCGUUUUUAGAUUUACCGUACAGUUCUCUCAAUAAUUGAGCAUAGCCGGGGAAAAAGAACGAAAAAGUUUACGGAAAUAAUGGUUUCAUUAUUUUCCAUUUUGUUGCAAUUCAGUUAGAAAUAUUCUUGACAUUUAAAUUUGACAUUUUGAGAGAAGCUUAUAUUUGCCUUUUCAAUUUUUUAAGCUAUUUAUAGUAAUUUUAUGUUUGCGAGUUUUGUACGUAGGUACUAUGUGGAUAUAAUGAAUAUAAUGGAUAUAUUGUUUAAUCAAACAGAAAUGCCUGAAAAUUUAACUGGAGGUUUAUUAUAAGUUUUACUCAAAAAGUAGAGUUUAAUGUAGUUAUUUUUUUUAAAAUAGUUUAAAAUAAAAUGUUGACGAAAAUCUUAAAUAUUAUGGCCUUUAAAAACAUGUAUAAACAAACUUAACUCAGAAUCGUUUUUCGUUAGCAAUGGUUUAUCGUUGAUUACAGAUAUAAAUUAAAUAACUUCAUGUAUCCUAUGGGUAGCAACUACCCAACUACAACAGUGGUGCAUUCACCAGCAGUAUCAGCUUUAUCACUCUUUAUUAUAUUCUGGUUCUUUUUUUUAAUAAUUAAUAUUUAAAAAAGUGCCGAUUGAGUUGUUUUAUGGGUUAUUUUUAUAAAUAUUUUCGUGUUUAUUUUGUUAAAUUACCCGUUAGAAAGACAUAGACUACCGACAAAUUCAACAGUUACAGCCAGUUAUAGUUGACGACGCCGGGGUUUCUCAUGGUAUAAAAACAAUUUCUCGACUGCAAUGAAGUAAUAUAAUAUUAUCCACACAGUUUCCUCGGCGCCGCGGUCCAAAACAAAAAAAUAACCUAUAACGAGCGACGAUAAUAAAAAUAAUAAUAUUUUUCUAUACCCCAUACGAAUCGACUAGGUUUCCGUCAAAGAAUUCUUAAUAUUUCCUAUUUUUAUGCGAUUCCAAAGGAUCAAGUUCAAAUUAAUUGUUUGUUUAGUGGACACGACUUAUGGAAUUUAACUAUCAUACGUAUGUGUGUGUGUGUGUGUGUGUGUGUGUGUGUGUGUGUGCAUUUAUUUUUAUUUUUAAUAGACAAUACCUCUUUAUAUGUAGGUAAAAGUAUAGCAUAGAUAUUAAUCAAUAUUUUAUUGUUAAAAAAGCGAAAGUCUCGAUAAACAAUCGAAUAGAAGUGUGAUUAAUAUUGUAUGUAGUUAGCGAAUUAAUUAGUACAAUAGUAUUAUUGUACCUUGAAACAAGUAUUGUUAAAAUAUGCAUUUUCGUUUUAAUAACAUAUUUUAAAUUCUAGUUGAUAUGGGUGUAUUAUCGCGUACAACCCCGCGACGACGCUGUUUUAGAAAUAUGAGUUUUGGUAUUUGCAUUAUAAUCUGCGUGAUGUAUCGGAAAACAAUAAACUAACUAAUAUUAAUUCGUAAUGAUGAAAAAUUAAUGAUAAUAAUAAAAUAAAAUGCCGUAAACAAACAUCAUAUAUUUCAACAAGCAAAAGGUUAGAAAAAAAAUUAGUUAGGUUAGAUAAAAUGUAAUGUAGCGUAUUUAUUUUCGUUCGUGAUGCAAUUUAAAACUGUAUUGAUUAUACAGAUUCGUCAGCUAUAGACACCUAACCUAUAAUAUUAUUAGAUACAUUUACAUUGCAAAACUGUGAGUCGAGGUUUUUUUUUUUUACUUGAUAGGACUGUUUAUUAAUUCAAUGAGCAAAAAUGUUUUUAAUUUAAUAUUUCGAGUAUUGCUCGUCGUACGGUUUUUUUUUUUUUUUUUUGUAGCUUAACAUUAAACAUCACGAUACAUAAUUUACGGGAAUUCGCCAACAGUUGAGCUUAUUUUGUAACAUCUUUAUAAUUUACAGUGUAUUUAUUUGUCAUAAACGACGUAAGUAUGAAAUUGUAUUAUACAUAUAUGCCAAAAAGCUGUGGUACGAUGAUUUAAAAAAAAAAAAGAUGAACAGAAUAAUGCGUUGCACAUUUGUCUCACAGGAAUGUUAAGUCUCUUUGUGUGAAUUAAACGUGAAAAAUUUAAAAAUAGUUAUCGUGAAAUGUGAAUGUAUAGGUGGUAAUCGUAUUUUGGCGAAUAGCUGAUAUUCAAAUCAGCGUCAGAGAUUUCAACUACGCGUGCAUAAUUACAUAAUUGGUUUGCUGCAGAAGAAAUAUAAUUAUAAUAAGUUUUAUUUUUCAAAAAAAAAAAACCCAUACUGUCAAAGUUUUCCUAGAAAUAGUUACUACUUUUAAAAUUAUUAUGUCUAUUCUUACGACAUUUUUCGUGUGUGAUGCCGAUUAUGUGAUUUAAAAUAAAAUCUAUUUGUCGUAUUUGUUCGUACACCUGUUUUCAUGACCAAGGUUUCAGUACGUUAAAAAAAAAUAAAAACCCAUGCAAUCUCUUUGGAUACGUACCUUUUUCAUAGACGCAGCUAAAAAAAAAUGUUCCCGUUAGACGAAGUUAUUGGGGUGACACUUAUGCUUAAAUUUAAUCUUUUUUUUUUUUAAUGAAAGUAGUUUAAUAGUAUAGUAUUGCCUUAUUUGAUUAUUUAUAGUUUUGCAAAUAAUAUUCCUGUAACACAAAAUAGAACUUCGUUACUUUCGGGUUUUUUUAAAUUUGUUUUACAGUUCUUUUAGUUUAAAAUUUAAUCUCUAGUAUAAGGGUUGUUUAUUGGAUUUUUCCUCAGACGGUCUACUGUAUAUAUUACUAUUCGACAUAUUUUACUAAUUUUAAAAAUCCUUAAAAUAUAAUUCCGAUGGAGAGAUUUUAUUCUUUAUAUAUUAUGGCUAUUUUUAUAUGUAGGGACGUUUAUAAUAUUAUGGUAUUGAGUCUAUAUAACCGCCGCUAUAGGUAUUUCUCAAGGACGACUUUGAAGUUUAAUUACAUCACGGUCAUCAUCGUCUUCGAGGAAAUCGUUCCCCGAGUCCGGUGCGUCAUUCUCGGACAUCUAAAAAAAAAAACAAAAAAAAAAAAAAAAAAAAAAAAAAAACGUUAUUUUGUGAAAGUGUAACACGUCCCGCGGCCACUAAACGAAAUACUGCAGUCAGAUUUCCAAUGAUAAAAAACAGCGGCGUGACCGAUCGAAUUUCGGAAGAAAAAAUUAAUAACUACAAAAGUGAUGAUAUGUUCUGGUGUAAGUUAUAUAAUCGCUAUAAUAAUAAUCUUAUCAUUCAGAAAUAAAUAUUAUUUUGUCGAAUGUGAGAUUAAACAUAUGAGUUUCGAAAAUCAACAGUUGAUAGGGGAACAGUUUAUGAUGGCAUUUUUAUAUUAAUAGUAUAAUAUGCUAUAUAUUUAAUUAUAAUAAGAAUAAUUAACAGUAAACACUUAUAUGGUACGGUCGCUUGUUAUUGUUUGCUUUUUUACAUUCUGAGUAGAGUAAAAAGAAACUAUUCGAUUUACUAUGGUGUAUGCUUUCUUUUUCUCGGACAACAUUUUUUUGGUGAGUAAAAAUGUACCGACCUUUUAAAGAUGUAAAUUUUUUACCAAAUUAUAUUUUAAUUGAAAACAAUGCCUAAAUUCCCAGCAGUUUUUCCAUAGAUUAAAAAAGAAUAUGCUUUUCAAUUGCCAUCAACAUGAAUAACUUCAAGUAUUCUGCUGCCAUUGCAUUUUUCAAACUAUUUGUUUUAAAUAUUUUAAAAUAGAAAAUAACCUUUCACGUCAUGCCUCUUGGGUUACCGGCAAAGUUAGUAAAUAUUGUUAAGCCAUUGGUAAUGUAUGGGAUAAGCAUUAAACUAAAGAUUAUUCUUAAUUAAUGCAUUGUAACAACAAAUGCUACAGUUUUUUUACAUGUUUUAUAUGGUUUUGAUAUGGCUUUUUCCUAAUCUUCAUUUUCUUUAUCAUUAUUUAAGUACAGUUUUUCAAUAAAUUCAUCAUCCACAGAUUUCUUUAAAUUUCUCCAAGGUUUUAGAAAACAAAAUUUCUUCAAAUACUUUUUAUUUGAUUUUAUUGUCUUCUUCAACAUAUGGUUUUAAUUUUACAGCUAAUUUGGCCAACGCGAUUUUAAUUUGUCCAUUUAUAAAUUAAUCGUGUUAAAUUUAUAAGUACCUUUUUACUAUUUGUAAAUCGGUUUUCCAUAGUUUGUAAAAUUGUAUCUAAUAUUAUGUAAUAAAUAUUAACAGUAAACUUCUUUUUAACAUUCAUAAUAGUGUCAUCAAUUGCUUCAUAAUUUACUAUUUUUUCCCCUCUUUAGAAAUGCGUUUAACUUCAAAUUUACUAUGAACUUCUUUUAGAAGACAAAUACGCACUACUUACUAGCUCCAUGAAAUAAUGAGUAAAUCUUGGUUUUAACCCAACUUGAGAAGUAAUUUAUUUUUUCGCGUUCUUUUCCCACCCAUUUUAUUUUUUUCUACAUCUGUGAAUUGUUCAUGAUGAGAAAAUUUAAUUGUCUUUUAAUUAAAGACAAACCAUUUGUAGAAAAAACAACGAUUGUAAUGAUUUGUGAAUUGUGUUAAUCCUAUAAUCUGAUAUUCGUAUGAUGUACAUACGAAUAUACAAUUAAUUUCUAUAAUUAGAAUUUAAAACUGACAUGAUAUAUAAGAACUUGUGAGAAUCGUGCACUCGUCACUCGUGCGUACGAAGAAGUGGAAAUAUCAUAGCAUGAUGACAAUAUUAUAGUCUAUAGACAUUAAAUGUUGAAAUUAUGUUGUUAAGAUAGGUUUACACUCUCAGUUAAAUUACGCAAACUAAUUAGUGGUAUUUUUGUGCAAACUGAGUAAAUUAUUUAAUUUCUACAUUUUCAUACACCUUCCGUUAAUCAUUAGUUACAAAUACAAGUUAUUGGGCGGUGAUUGUCUCGACACCGAUACAGAAAAAGUGCUGCUUUAAAUUAUUUAAAUUGCUAUAAUUUAGCAUUAACAGCAUGUACGUACAUUUGUACACUCGACUUUAAGAUUAUAAUUACAUUGAUUUUUAAGCGUCAUCAAAUAUUAAUUGAACAAUAUAGUAUCCGUCAGUACCGGCCAAUUUGGAAAAAUCCUGAUUUCCAAAUGGGUCUGAUUCUCUGGUUGGAGCUAUAUUUCUGAUAUAAAACGUUUAAACAUAAUAAAAAUAAUGAUAAUGGUAACGCCGCGGCGUGCCGUAAAUAUUUGUCGUUUUAUCUAAAAUUUUCUUUCGGAUUUUUCCCAGGUGAAAAGGUCUUUAGGUCUAACUUUGGAGCAAGUUUUCUGGUAGUAAAGUUGUUCACAGACAAAAAAAAAAUACAUGUACAGGUACACGCACAUCAUAGUAAAACCAAUACAUCUCUCGCUACGCUCCGAAUCUAAAAAAAAAAAACCAACAAAAACUUACUGCUGUCGAAAAUAUUAUCUCUUUACAUUUUUUUAUCUGGGUUGGUAUUCUGUAUUGUUAACCUAAACGCCAACAUUUAUAUGGUUAGUACAUAAUUUAAUUUUGCUGUGUCGCUUGUUAAUUAGACUGAGACAGUAGACAUGGAUGUUGGCGUCCUCUUAAAUGAUUGAUAAAAUAAAUUAAUAAAUAAUAUCAUAAAUAUAAUCACCCUAUAUUCCUAGUGUUUUUAGUAUUUACGGCGGUGAUUCGAUGACAUAUUCGUGAAUUUACCACAAAAAUAAAUUGUUAUUGUAUUUACGUCUGGAGAUCCGACCGGACGUUAACGUCGUGAAUUUUGAUUGCGUUUUUUAUCAUUUAGAUAGUUUCGUCGUUCGAAAUUAUCAUCUGUUUGAUUUUAAACGCUAUGGGCAAGGUACCGACAAACUGAGACCGUUUGGGAAAAUUUAUUCUAGUAUUAUUACUUUUAGAUGAAUGAAAUAAAAUUGAAAAAAAAACAUAUCUCUAUACAUACAAAAUAAUGUCUGUCUGUGUGUCCUUUAUAGACUCAAAAACUACUGGACCAAUUUUAUCGGGGUUUUUCGCAAAAUGUUCCGCGUGGUCCGAAGAAGGUUAGCUAUUAAAAAUAUUCUAAAAUACAACCCCUAAAGGAUAAUUGAGAUUUUAGUACUUUGUGGUAUAAUUUUUGUUGAUUGGGAUACCUUGGUAACAAAGUAAAUAUACUUAAUCAUUAAUUUUGUUGAUUUUAUGGUAUCUAUGGUAUCUACUGAAUAUUGUUUGUUAAUUUCAUUAUAAUUUUGAUUCUUGAAAAAUAAAAGUUGUAGGUUUAAUACAAAAAAACUGCACGUGGGCGAAACUGAGGUAUUCAGCUAGUAGAAAAUAAUUUAAAUAUAUCGAGAUAAUUUUUUUUUUAAAUAAAGUAGUUGUUAAUAACACUGUCUUAGUCUAGACUUUUUUUACAAUAAUGUUUAUUUUUAUUUUUUUCAUUUUAACAAUUUUUUCUACUAAAAAGCUUACUCCGAUUAUCAAGUAUAGCACAUUUUCUGCGUGGAAAUAUUCUCUGGCCGGUACUUCAGACAGGUCAUUUUUUGAAAUUCUCAUUAAUAUUUGAAGUGAUAAAGAAAACCUGGAGAAAGAUUUUUAUUGUACAGACUAAUUGAGCUUUUUUAUUCAAAAUGUAUGAUAUUUUAUAUUCUUCCACGUCAUUGCAAAGCAUUUUUUUUUGACCAGCAUCAUAAUCUCACCGUGCAAUACGUGAAUAGUAGCCACUCCCACAUUAUUAUCGACUGCGCUAGUGCACGCAAUACAAUAUUACCGGCGUUGUGAAAUGUUUUAUUAAAAUUAUACAACGUUAUUAUUUUAUAAUAAUCGAAUGAGUCUUGUGAAAUAAAAAUAUUCACAUUUCUCGUAACUUCUAAUUUCUACGAUUCAAUUUUUAGGUUUUAUUUUGGCAUGCUUUUUUUUAUUAAUUUUUUAUUAAAACAAAUCUAGGUAUACAGGAUGGUUAUAUAUUUUCACUAAGCAGCGAUUAUUUAUAAGAUGAUUGAUGUUGAGUAAAUUUUAAUAUUAUUAGGUUAUUUUAUCAAUCAUUUAAGAGGACGCAAACACCCACUGCCCCAGUCUACUGUCUCUAAUUAACAAGCGACACAGCAAAAUUACGACGAUAGUUUAAAUAUUAUAGUUAAUACUAUAGUUUCGUAUAUCAAUACGUUUGUACGUACUGAACAUAUAAUUGUUGGCGUUUAGGUUAACAAAAUAGAUAAAAAAAAAUGUAAAAAGAGAAUAUUUUUGACAGGAGUAAGUUUCUGUUUAUUUUUUCUAGUUUUGAAGCGUAGCAAGGUGUGUGUAUAUAUUUUUUUAAUCAGUGAAUAACUCUACUACCAGAAAACUUGUUUCGAAGUAUAGAUUAUAGCACCUUUUCUGAAAGGAAAUUUUCUCUCGUUGGUGCAUUGUGGAGGUCAUUUUUUGAUUUUUCGAGAUAUUUUUAAAAUAAUUGAGAAAAACUCGAAAGAAAAAUAGGUAAAACGGCAAAUAUUUACAGCGUGUCUUGGCGUUACCCGUUUCUUUUCCCAGAAAUGUUGCUCCAAUUCAAAAAUUAAAAGAGAUCGAUUUUAUUUCUUUUAGUGUUUCACCACUGACAGAGUAAGUCGUUUUUCGAUAUCUAAAGUAGUUUUCAUAAUAAUUGGUAAAAACCAAAAAAGGUGAAUAUAAGAUUUUAUUCAAAUUACAGCACGAUGAUUUCAUUAUAUUUAAUUUUUACGGCUCAUAUUUUCUACCAUCAAUUUGGCUCAAUGAAUAAAUUACAAAAGACCUUGUUUGUUGCGUGUUUAAUCUAGUUUAUGAGCAAGUUAUUGGUUUUUUGAUUUUCUUUGUGGUGUUUUUAAUAAUUGAGCAAAACCGAAAAUACGUAGAAAGAACAGGACAAUUUACGAAAAUAAUUCCUUAUUAUUUUAAAUUUUGUUUUUUUAAAUGAAAUUCAGUUUAAGAUAUUCGUAGACACUUAAAAUGUUGAAAGAAAACUUAUAUUUACUUUUCAGAAUAAUUUUUGAGGUAUUUAUAGACAUUUUAAUUUUGUGAGUUUUACGUAAUUUUUAUUUGGUAGUUACUCUGUACAUAAAUUGUUAUACUUCACAGAAAUGUUUGAAAAUUUGAUAGGAAGUUCAUUAUAAGUCGUAUUUAGUGUUCAAAAAAAAAAAAUUUAGUUUAACGCAUUUUUUUAAGAGUUAAAACCAAAUUCUGACUUAAAUUGUAAAUAUUACGGCUUUUCAAAACAUGUAUAACCGAACUUCGCUCUUAAUCGUUAUGUAUUAUGUUUGCGUAAGUUCCGACAUGCAUAAAAAUUAAAACGAAUACACAUUUUUUUUAGACUUACUAAACAUAAGUAUAAGAAAUUACGUCUAUUUUUAGUGCUAACUCAGUUAAUAAUCAACGAGUACUCAAUUCAAUAAAAUGGAUUGUCCAUAUUCUUUAUUUCAGAUAGUAUAAGGUCAUAUAGAUAGAGGCAGUACAGUUCACAAAGGGGUGUCAUAUUUCUGUUCGUGCAGUUUAAAAACUUACACGUAUGGAUAAAUUUGUUUUUCGUGUCGGAACAAUCGGAAGUGGUGCAAAAACUAUACUUCGAGUGUAGCAGUUGUUACACAUCAUAUUUUAGGCGGGUGGCCGGGCGGGUGUUCCCGGUAAUUGGAAUAGUCGAGUAGAAUGGACAUACACAUUCAAAGUACAGUAAGAUUAUAGGGGUUGGAAAGUAUAUAUUUAUAUGGGUUAACGUUUUUGAGUCGGGUUGUAGAUUUGAAUUUAAAAUUUUGCUACACCAUACAAAUAUAGUUUCGGCGCCACUGUUGGAACUUAUGUUCGGAUAUAUAUUUGUCUAUGCCGGAACUUACUAAAUACCUUUUGAGUUUGUUUUACCACAAGAAUCGUAGUAUUCGUAGCUAUUACAGAAAUAUGAUAAAUUCGCCAAUUUUAUUUAUAUUUUCUGAAUUCCACUAAAGAAUAUCGUGUUGUUACUGCUGUGUAUAGCCGUAUAGGAAAAGUGUCGCGUUUUUAAUUUCCUUAUUAAAAACGACAUGCAUAUAACACUCGUCAUUGCACGCUCGUAAGUGCAUAUAAUAAUAUUUGAAAUAUUAUAUUAUUGUACAAAUAAACUGUUAUAGUCAUAAUAAUAAUAUGUCGUUCUACUUGUUCGUUGGAUUGAAUUUAAAAAAACAGCAAUAUCGUGUUUCGUGAUAAAAUUACAAGCAGGGGUAUAGUAAAUAAAAUAUAAUAAACACACGUCGAAAGAACAUUGGUAUCUGGAACGAACGCUGCACGGAAAUAUUAGAAAACAAAAAUCGUAGUUUCUUUUCGCCAAUGACAUUGUUACCAAUGUCAUCUUCCACCGCGAAUGUGUUUAAGUGUUUCGUAUUAUUCCGUUCUUUUAAUUCUAUGAUCAGUUUGUUCCAGCUUUCCAUACCUCCCUGUUGUAAUUCAGUUCCUUUUGAUCCUUGUUAUUUUCUUCCCUAUUGUUGACCUUCAUGACUUAGGUCAUAUAUUCUGCUCCAAGUUUUACUGCGACCAUUCUUUGGUAUACUGCUUCCGUAAAUAUACGAAAUUAUUAGUAGUUUUAUUAUCAUCAUCGAUAAUAGAUCAUAUAAUAUAACGUCAUUAAUUAUCAUUAAUAUUUAUACCUUUAUUCCCUUAUUAUAAUUUGCAUCAUUGUUAUUAUAAUUUAAUAAUACUGAGUUUAUUUAAAGUCUUCUCGACUACUUUUUUAUCAUAAUAAUCGAUAGAGAAAGAAAAAAAGAAGAGGAGAAGAAAGAAACAGAAAAAAUAAUUUUUUUUUAUUUAAAACUAAGCAUAUAGAAAUAGAAAGGCAAUAAUAUUAUUAUAACACUGUGAUAUUUUAUAAUAUUUAAAUAAAUAGCUAAAGAAAUCAAAGCCGAAAGUCGCAUUUAAAUUUCCAAAUUUAUAUUUACAUCUUUGUAUUAUUAUUAUUAUAGUUUUUUUUUUUUUUUUUUAUCUAUAGAACGGCUUAGAACACGUCCAUGGAAUUACGUUGAAAUUCGCCGAUAAACGAAAAGAAUACGUUAUUGAUUUGGGUUUAAACAAGUAAGUUGGGCAUUUCAUAACCAACUAUUUUAAUAAAAUAAUUGAUUAUUUAUUUGAUUCGUAUAAUAUUGUUUUUGUCGAAUGCAGGGACCUGAUCCCGGUCAAUUAUUUCGAAAAACAUCAGAAAAACGACGACGAUUAUGUUGUGAACAGGCCAAAAUUUAACGUAAGUAAAUCGUAUUUCACCUACCGCCUAUUUUAUUUGUUUUAUAUACAAUUUGAAAGUAUAUCUGUCCACUAUACAAAUCUACAGAUUUAUUCCGAUUGUGAUGAAACUUUGCGGACUUGAAAUUCAAAACAAAUGAAAAAUCACUUUUUACUUUUUAUCUCAAAAUUAAACAACUGAGAGAAGGCUCAUACGUGAAUUUUGAUAUUUGAACAAAUUUUUUUUUUUUUGUUGAUUUUCUAAAUGGGUUUUCCGUGUGCCAUGGAUAAAAUUUAAAAAAAAAAAAAAAGUUAUUAUUAUUUAGUUAGGUUGUCACAGACAAAGAAGUACCCUUUUUAAAUUACCGGGAAACAACAAUUAACUAUAAUAGGGAUAAUGGUAAAAAAGGCAAUUACGUUAAAUUUAAUUUUUUUGAUUGAUUUCUGCUUUUGAAAGGAUUGAACUCGGAAAAUACCGGGUAAUUCAGCUUUUUAUUAUAUAGCUUGAUAAUUAUUAUUUUAGUUUUUUGAUAAUAUUUAUAGGAGAUGGAAUUUUGCUAUUAUAACGGCAAAUUACGCGGUUUACCCGAUUCUUGGGCAGCGAUCUCUACGUGUGAUGGCAUAAGGUUAGUAUGGUAGUUAAUUACAAAACAAACGAAAUAUGCUCGUAUUAAAUAACUAACGAGGAGAUUUUUUUCUAUAUAGUGGAAUGUUUUUCGACGGCAAUUCAUUUCAUUAUAUUGAAAACGUUGAACAAAAUUCUGGCAACAAAUCCCAUGUGUUAUAUAGCCACGAAGACCUCAACACAAACCAUACUUGCGGUAAGUGCAAAACGUCGAACGUUUUCCCGGACUUCCGCGUGGUGAUUUUUAUUAUUUAUUUAUUAUUUUCAGGAUUUCAUAGCACUCCCCUCGAUCAUUUACCUAGAGAAAACAAUCAUUUGCACGUUAGUACAAAUACUUGUAUUUAAAAAACACUUUUUGGUGAAAUAUAACAUUUAUCAUAGUCAACAUUUGUGAGUACUGAUAAAAUAAAUUUAACUUUUUAAAUGUCUGUAGGCCAAACGAAGUACAAGGUCCAUAAAGGGACCGUUUAAACAAAACGAUAACUCGAGAUUUAUCGAAUUGGUAAUUGUUGUCGAUCAAGGGGAAUAUAAGUCACUUGACAAUAACAUAUCUAAAGUCUACCAGCACACUAAAGAUAUUGCAAAUAUAAUAAACUCCGUAAGUUUUAUUUUGUUUAUUUUGUAAUAAAAUAUGGACUUUCAUAGAAUUAGAAUAUGUUACUUGGUAGGUUAACAUGCAUUUACCGCGAAUGUUUUUGUUUUAACGUAUAAUUUUAGAUUCUGAGCGUAGCGAAGAAUACAUAUUAAUUUUAUUGUGUUUUUUGUUGUCUGUGAACACUGAAAAUAAUUGUCUUUUCAUCAAAUUUAGGGGUGGUUAUGGUAGAUAAUUUUGUGUAGUUGGUGCAUUGAGGUAUUUAUAUUUUUGCCUUAUAGUUUUAUCUUAAUAUACCAGGAAAAAUCUGGAAAAUCUACGCAAUUAUGGUUUUUUUUAUUAUUCUGUAGAAAGCAAUUAUAAGGACCUAAAAUGUUGAAAAACUAUUUAUAUUAACCUGUUAACUAAAAAUUGUGCUAAACAUAGCACAAUUUUCAAAAUAUUAAAACAGUUUUUUAAGCUAUUUAUAAUUAUUCGAAUUUUUCUAGUUUUUUUUAAAGUUUUUAUUUGGCGUUUUAUGUGGAUCAAAUUGUUUUGACCUAGUGAAAAUGCUUGAAAGUUUAACAUGAGGUUCAACAUGUUAAAUUUUAAAAAAAAAACAUUUGAGUGAUAAUGUAGUAACUCAUUUAUAAGCGUUUAAAAUUCAAUCAUGGUAUUUCAAAAUAUGUUUAACCGAAUUUGCUCAAAAUCGUUUAUCAUUGCAUACAGAUAUACAUUAUUACAAUAUUGUUGUUUUUUUUUUUUUUUGCUUAUAGCUCUAUAUGCCAUUAAAUAUCUACAUUGCACUCGUUGGUGUGGUCGUGUGGACUAAUCGUAACGAAAUCGUAAUAGAUCCGAACGGUGAUGUUACGUUGACCAAUUUUCUACGUUAUCGUCGGGAACGGCUGGCUAAAGAUCAUCCGAACGACAACGCUCAGUUGCUCACGUAAAUCGAAAUAAUAAUACCAAUAGCAUCUAGACGUUCAUCGAUCGUGCGUUAUUGAAUUUUUAAACAUUUCAGUCAAAUCCAAUUUGAAAACGGCAUCGUCGGCAAAGCGCUAAAAGGUCCAAUAUGCACUUACGAAUUCAGCGGCGGCGUGAGCAGCGAUCACAGUCCAGUAACCGGUCUGGUGGCCACCACCAUAGCCCACGAAAUGGGUCACAACUUAGGCAUGGAACAUGAUACGGCCGAUUGCGAAUGUUCUAACGAGCGAUGCGUAAUGGCGCCUUCUUCGGGGUGAGACGAUAUCCGGGGGACUUUGAGGCGGUCAUCCGCUAACGUAUUGCGUGUUUAUACAUUAACGAUUUUUUUUUUGUUCCUUCAGAUCUCAGAGUCCGACGCACUGGAGUUCCUGUAGUAUGGAAUAUUUGGCCUUAGCGUUCGAACACGGAAUGGACUACUGUUUGAGAAACAAACCUGAAAAGUAUAAUUUUUUUUUUUUUUUUUUAAUAGUCACCAUUCUGUGUUCUAGCCUUUCAAACUGAUUUACUGUUUCCUCCGUUCAUUAUUAUCGUUUAGGUUGUUCGAUAGUCCGGUCUGUGGUAAUAGUUUCGUAGAGGAUGGCGAACAGUGUGAUUGCGGCAUAAAAGAUGUGUGUAAUAAUCCUUGUUGCAAUCCGGAAACGUGUAUGUUAUACAUGAACGCAUCUUGUGCCACGGGUCAAUGUUGUGAUUUAAACGUAAAACGAUAUAAUAAUUUAAAAAAGAAUAAAUAAAUUAAACAACUAUUCAAAAAUAAUAUUGUUCUCUAUGUAUUUUGUAGACAUGCAAUUUUAAGUCGUCCGGUGUGGAAUGUAGAUCGACCGCGCACGAAUGUGAUCUGCCUGAAUAUUGUUCGGGGGAUUCGGAAUAUUGCCCCGAAAAUGUGUUCAAAAUCGACGGGACCGUUUGUGAAAACAACAGGGUGCGUUGAAAACCUUUGAUUGUCUAUAUUUUAAUUAUUGAACACUCUGAAAUUAGUUCCUUUUUUGUAGGCAUUUUGUUUCGAAGGGUCUUGCCGUACUCAUACAGAUCAAUGUCGUUUGCUGUGGGGUCCUACCGGCGAAUCAUCAGCGAAAGAGUGUUACAAAAUGAAUACCCGGGGCUCGCAACAGGGGAACUGCGGUUACAAUCGCGUAAACAACAGUUACGUGAAAUGCGUCAACGAGUAAGACGUCAAUUUUUCUUCAUUAAUAUAGCCAAAAUACCAAACCAAGGGUUGUUUACUCUUAUUUUAAAACUUUUGUUUUUUCAGUAAUGUCAAUUGCGGGAUGUUGCAUUGUAAACACAAGAACGAACGUCUAGAAUUUGGCAUGGAAACCGUGUCUAUUGUAUCGCAUACGUUUAUUAAUAACGAAGGAUUAAUGAUACCCUGUAGAACGAUUAUUGUCGACUUGGGUCUGAGCGAUAUCGAUCCUGGGCUGACACCAAAUGGCGCAAAAUGCGGCGAUGACAAGGUCAGUGGUAAAACCAGAUCCAGAUUUUUGAUUUUAAAAUAGCAAUCUACAUUGAAAAUUCCAUAAAUAAUUAGUUUUAGUUAAAAUUAAUUUUAGUGUUGAUGGUUUUAAUUUCUGUCAACUCGUUGAAUUCCAUUUUUUAACUAUUUAUUUCGUGUUUGAACCAACAGCAGUGAGGGAUCUUUUUUCACAAUAUUCCAUUUUUAACUUUGCCGUUUUGUUGUUAGGAGGAGAGUGUUGAAGCAUUAUUCAAAUGCUGUGGAGUGCAAUACUCUGCUACUUUCACCCUAUCCAAAAUUAAAAAGUAGGAAUAACUUGUCAAUUAAUUGACGGAAAUUAAAAAUAUCAACAAUAGAAUUUAUUUAAACUAUUCAUUUAUUCAUGGAACUUUCAAUAUACGUUGCAUUUGAUUUUAAAAAAAUGGUAGUGUAAAAUUUUAGAGCUGCUUGCUCCUUAAAUAUUCUGAAAAACAAAAUUUGAAAAAAGUUGAGACUUUUUGAGAUAAUAAUUGUUUUGUGAUAUGUUUAUCAUAGACACAAUACAGUACAAUGAUUUUUAAUUUCAGGGAAAUUCGACAAAAAACCUUUCUAAUAAAUUAUACCUACUAUAACUUUGUUGUUUUUUUUUAUUUUACACAUUUAGAUGUGUGUUGAUCAAAAAUGCAUUGCGGUAAGCGAUUUUCGAACCAAAAACAAAGCUUGUCUGUAUGACUGCAACGGUAAUGGAAUAUGCAACAACAAAGGAAAUUGUCACUGUAAAAUCGGUUAUGGGCCACCAUACUGCGAUCAUCCAGGUCCUGGUGGAAGCGAUGAUUCUGGGCCAGCAUCUAGUCUGAAUAGUAAAUUGACCAUCAAUUUAUUUUUUGUAUAUUUUCUCUGAAAAGGGUUGUUUUUGAAAAGUUAGUAUUAGUUGAGUUGAUGGCGUCUAUCAACAAGGAGAUUAUUCAAGAUGAGUGAUGUUCUAAAAAAACUGACAAUUUUUUUUUCAAAUUAGAAUUGCAUUUACAAUAAUUAAAUGAAUAGGAUACUUUAACAGUAUAUAGGAGUAAUAUUAUACAGACCAAUUAAUUUUUCAAAAACAUCCCCCGCCCACUACCGGAAUUUUACAUUGACAAUUUUUAUUUUUUUUGUUUUUGUUGUUCAAUUUUAGCGCUCAAAGGUUUUAUAACCGGGAUGUAUGUGCUGAUGUUCGGCGUUAUACCGCUAUUGUUGGCAGCCCUGUUAUUCGCCUACUGUUCGAAAAACCACCGUUUGCUGACCGACUGGAACAAAACAACGAACCGCAAAAUGUUACCGUAUGUAUCUGCUUCUUCUACUACUAAACGUUUGCCAUUUAUCUGUUUGCAACACUUGGUGACCGCUGACAAUGGUGACAGUAAUAGUAACGCUUGCUGCACCUGUAAUACCACCACCGCAACUAGACUGCAUCCGCCUAGAAUAAACACGGUGUCAACAGUUGUCGCGCGUGCUGAUGACCACGAAAUUUACUCAGAGCCGUAUUACGCAUCUAGUAGUAGUUUUUACGAUACGGAGUCCAUUUACGACACUGUGGUAGAGACAAAGUACGACAACAGCGCGUACACCGCCACUGCGCCACAUCAGUCCAAGUACGCGAAUCCCGCAAAGUCUCGCCUCAGGAAGAGCGAUAUCAUUAUUGCCAAAUUGAUGUCCACGACCAAUUCCCAAGUGAAUAGCUAUUUGCAGAACGGUGUUUGGAGAGAUCCGGAAUAAUGACCCUCUCCCCCCCCCCCUUUAUGCUAAUAGUAUAUUAUCAUAAUUUAUCGUAUACACUUGCAGACAUAACUAUAAACUAUCAUCAAAUUGUGGUCAUUAACUACGACAGUAGUUGCCAAAUAUUAAUUAUUCAAUUUACAUAUCAAUAAGCAAGAUGCUAAACAAAAGUAUCUCUAUACAUGAAACAAGAUACAUUAAUUUUAAAUAUCUCGAUACAUUAUAUGAACUAAUAAAGAAAUGAUUCAAAUGUAUCUGUUAUACUGCCCGAUUUUAAUUUUAAGAUAGUUUUUUCAAAUUUAUUAUACAGAAAAAAAUGGCACCUUUGAGUAUUUAUUGCUCUAAUUUGUCCCAAGUAUUGUAACCGAUGACUAUCCCUUUAUAAUUAAAAUUCAGCUAAACAGCCAAGUUGUUAAAAACUGUUUAACCAGAAUAAGUAUAGUCAGUAAUUAUACAAACAUGACUUUUUACAGAUAAUUUUCAUAAAAAAUCGAUUUUAAGAUGCUUAAAAUAUUCAUAGUUACUCGGAAGUUAUCUGAUCGAAGAUGAAGGAAUGAAGUAUGUGCAUUUUUGUUUCAAAUUCGAAUAUAUAUUUAGGCCCCCCGUCAGAAAAAAUGAAUUUUAUUCAUACAGAUGAAUUAAUUUUUGUUAAUUUACUGUCUACCUUUGAUAUUGUCGCGCGUGCGAGCAUCCCUAAAUGUGUUAGAAUCUUUUUAUGGUCUCGGUUGUUGGUCGAUUGAAAAAUUAUAUAAUUUUUUUUUUGAUCUCUAAAAAAAAAACAUUAUCUACCUUUUAAGUUAAAUUUAGACCCCGGUGUAUGGCUAUUACAAGCAUUCUCGUAUUUAUGUAUUUAAAAAUAACUAUAACUUAUUAAUUUGUAGAAACUCAUACUUGUAUUGCGCAGUAUUGAGCAUGCGCACGUAGAUUAGUUUUAAUUUUGCUUGUGCACCUCUAACAAAAAAAAAUAGUUUUCUCUUGCUUUUUUUUUAUAAUAUUUGUAUUUUAAAACCUGUUAGUUUGCGAAUAUUGCUGUUUUUCAUUAAUUCCACAUAAUAAUCAUAUUAACCUCGGUCGAUGUGAACGGACUUUAUUAUUCGAUACGACCCACUGGUAUGUACUUACCUACGGUUUUACAUCUUGACGUCUUUUUAAAAAUAUAUAACCUUAUUUUAUUUAAUUUUUGACAGUAACGACACGGAGGUCGGAAGUACAAAACCGAACGGUACCGCGGUGUCGCCAUCUAGUACUCUGCUGAUCGGAGACGACCGGAAACCGUCAUCGGCACUGCGUGCGGAACUUUUAGGUAACUAUAAGGGAUUCAGCAUCAAACCACUGCAGCAACCAGCCAAUGAGGAGCCAUCCGGCGCGAUUUCUCGUGCGCCCAUCAGACCCGCACCGACCGCCCCGCUGGCCACCGAAAGGCCACAGAUCAGUCAACCCGUGCUGGACGCCACAACUUCAUCGGCUGUCCGCGAACUGGUGUCCGUACCAUUAAAACCGGCACCCCCAGUGCCGUCGACCAGACCGGUAUCGAUGGUAACAACGAGCCCGACGAUUGACAUAAAAAACACCGGCGGUGGGGGAUACCCGACGUUACGGAGGAUCACGUCGUUCAUGAAAAAUCAAAAGCAGCCCGACGAGAAGAAGAACACAGUGACCUCAGUCCGCGCAAACACGAAAUUCAACAAGGAGGGGCUAAAGAACUUGGAAAUCUCGCAGCCAAUCCUCCAAAACGAAAUAAACGUACCCGCGGAACCGUUGCCGCUGGAGGCGGACCAACACAGAGCGGUGGUGCUCAGGGCCCAAAGCCUGCGUACCGUCAACAACACCAAGCACAGGCCUUCCGUGCACAAUUUCGGGUCGAUGAGGAGCAAACGACCGACCAGCGUCGCACUCGCUACCGCCGCUACCACCGCAGCCGCCGUCACUUUGAGACCGACUUCGCCGCCGCCCCAACCGCCGCCACCAUUACCGCAGCAACAUUCGUUGCAGAGUAGUUACCAAAUACCCCGGACGCUGUCUUCGGCGACGGCGGAUGUGGCUGCGGACAAACGUAACAAUGAAAACCCUGCGAAUCGGCCGAAGCCACACCGGGACGAUGACGAUGACGCGACACACUUUACGGAAAAUAUCUACUCGGUAAUCGACGAGAGUCCCGCCGUCACUGACGAUGACUACACGACUUACAAAGUACCCAAGUCGCUUGAGACGUCGCUGCUCGGCGAGAUCGUGUCUGCCAUACAGGAACGCAAUCAAGAGUCCAUUUACACGAGUAAUAAACCGACGGGCAUUGACGGACCACCUCCGCUGGAACUUUCUUCUCCGUCACCGGCUCCACAGCAGCAGCAGCAGCAGCAGCAGACUUAUGAAAACUUCUGUAUGUCGUCGCCGGCCGGUUCGACGACCAGUUCCGGGUACAUGCGACCGAUUGACGUCAAGUCACGGGCCACCACCGCGUAUGACCGGCCGGACCUAGUCAAGAACUGUGACGAUAACCGUUCACUUAACCGGUCCCCGGACGUUCUGGAUGCCAAAAAACUGCCGACCGCCGCUACUGACAAACCGACAGUCAUGUUUCAGAAACCUACGAUGGUGUUCGGGGGAGGUAAGCCGCUAUCCUCGCAGACAGCCACGGUGGGAUUGAAGAAAAAACUCUCAGAUGCCCGGCGGCAAACAUCUUCUAAAACGGUAACUGGCGGUGGUAUCCAGAAGAGGUUCGGAAACGUCGCUGGGUCAAAAAAACCCCCCCCAGUGGCCACUAAACCGUCUGCCAUAGAUAAAAGGUAAUAGUCGGUUAGUGGUGGCAUCUGUUCCAAUCAAAAACAGUGUAUACAAUUAUUAUUAUUUAUUCGCCGGAACUAUAGGCCAAUGAACAGAACUCAGACGCCAUUGUCUCUUCCUCUUAAUAAUAUAAUACACAUGAUGGUGCUUACUUUAUUGUUUAUAAUUCGAAAUUUUUCACUAUUAUUAUUUGCGUUUGUAAAUAUUUAAAUGUAAAUAAUUUGAUUAUUUUUUUACAAUUAUGUUUAAUUUUCUCAAACAAUAUUGACUUGUUUUAAAAAAAAAACGAAAUGUGAUAAACUUUAUACUCAAAAUUCAAUUGAUUUGUGUUCAAAAAGUGUUAGUUCCUUUAUAAAAACAAAUUUUGUACAUUUUUGGCUUCACACAAUAGUUUUAUUUUUAAUCUUUGCCCGCUACAAAAUCAAAUUAUUUUUUUACUAACACAAUACUAGUAUAUGUAUUUUCAAAUUACCUAGUUUAGAAGUCUAUUUGUUUUCCUAAUUCAUUUUUACAUUGUAUUAUUUAUUCACUAGUCAUAAAUUCAUAACGUGAAGUAUAUUAUUAUGUAUUAUUUUUUUUUAUUAUUCCAAAUGUAUUUUGUGUUCAUUUUUUUAUUUUUAUUCUGACACCUGAUGAACACCAUCAGUUUGUUGUUUCACAUCUAACUUGUCCCUAUUAGAUUUCUGUAUAUAUUCUUUAAAGUUUGCAAAUGUUUUUCAAAGGAAAAGACACUAAUGUUAUUGACGCCAAAGGCUCAUGUUCCUCAUAGUU